UUAUAUUUUUGUUCGGAAAAGCGUGUACCAUUAAUUGCAUUGAGUUGAUUACAAUGCGACUUUGUUUAGAAAAGUUUUUUUUUUCAAGAUGGCGGCCAGAAGCACUUAGCGGCUAAAGUAUACUUGUAAAGAAUACUUAUAAAAAUAUUAUUAAGAUAAGAUUUGAAUUUAUCUUGUUAUGGUUUUCAACAGGAAGAGAAUUCCAACUGUGGGUUGAUUGAUAUUUGAUUGACCUAAUGCCAUAUUUAUGUGUUUGCUUUAAAGGCAUAGAGAGACUACAAUAAGAUACAGAUCUAAGUUUAUGGUUAUGGAUAUCACCUGUGAACUUAAAAAAGCUAUUGAAACAGCUGGGCAUGUUAUUGUGUAUAGUGUCCCAUACAAUAUACUGGUUUUGUCAAAUCAAAUAGAGUUAAUGGCAAAUCAUGAUCAAGUGAAAGAUAAUAUGCCAUUACCUUGGUGUUUAAAAGUUCUUUCUUGGAACAUUGAUGGUUUGGAUGAUCGGUGUUUUGACCAACGUGCUAGUGGAAUAUGUAGUAUUAUAAAUACCCAUUAUCCAGAUGUUGUUAUGUUACAAGAAGUUUUAGAUGAGCACUUGGUUAUUUUUGAACAAUUUUGCCAAAAAUACUCAUUUUUUCCAUACAAAAAUAGUAAUUAUUUCAACAUGAUAAUGCUAAAGAAGGAUAUAAACAUUGUUAUGAUUAAAUUUAAUCCAGAGUUGUUUAAAAACAGUAAAAUGGACCGUUCAUUGUUAAAGUGUGAAAUUCUUUUCUAUAGUCAUCCAUUUCUGAUUAUGACAACACAUUUAGAAAGUUUAAGUGAUAAUUCUGUUGUGAGAAUAGAACAAAUGAGUUCAUGUUUAGAAACAAUUUUAAAAACUUCAUUAUCUAACUUUGUCAUAUUUGCUGGUGAUUUAAAUAUCAGAGAGCACGAGCUUAAAAGUAUAAAUUGCAUGUUUGCUAAGGAUACAUGCAAUGAUGCAUGGGAGUCUGCAGGUAAAGAUUCUUCUAAAAGGUUUACUUGGGAUGUACUGCUAAACGAUAACAAAUCAUUUCAAGGAAAGUAUCCCAGAGCAAGAUACGAUAGAAUGUAUUACAGAGAUUCAAAUAAAAUACAAGCCAUAGUUUCUGCAUUUGAGUUAGUUGGAACUCAUAGAGAUAAGUGUGGGUUAUUUCCAAGUGAUCAUUUUGGAAUUCUUGUAUCUUUUUUAUUAAAUGUUCUCUAAUAAUACUUCAUGAAAAUAAAAUAUUUUGUGAACAUGUGAUUAAGUAACCAUUUUUUUGUUAUUGUUUUUGCGUUAUUAUUUAAGUUAUUAAAUUAUUGUUUAAAAAGUUUUAAAUUGAUUGAAAUGUUUUUAUAUAAUAUUUAACUUGUUUAAUAUGUUUAUUGUUAAAUGUUGUAUUCUUGUAUAAUAUUAUUCUAUUUUUACUGACUUCUAAAACUUCAAAGUCUCAAUUUUUUAAUUUGUUUUCAAAGUCAUUAAAAGUUAGCAGAUUCUUUUUAACAAAUCCAUUCAAAAACAUUAGCAUUGAAACUAGCAGUUUUUAUUCUAUACUAUUAUCAUUGUAUUAUACAUUUUUAUUUCUAAUAUCAGUUACUAUAUUCUUAUUUCAAUAUUACUUAUUUUAUUGUUGCAGACGGCUUCGUGAUCAAACCUGACACAACACGAGUUGUCAUUGUAAAAUGUCAUAUAUCAAUUUAUACCUACCAAAGUUUUUUUUUUAUAUAUA